CGCUGGCAACUCUCCCCACAGUCCGCCGGUACCCAAGCUCUUGUGAGACUUCAUCGUGCACCUGGAAAUAAAAGCACACGGAAAACUCACAAAAAUGACUCCCUGCGGGAGCAAUCUGGUUGUAAUAGCGGAACUUGAAGCAUGUCCUUGUUAACAAGUGUUCUCGCAGACUGCGCGGCUCGGCGUUGCGAAUUUGCCACGGCGGAGGAAAUAACGGGGGACCCGCGAUGGAAUCCGCGGCGGGCUCGGUCCUGAAGCGAGCGGUGGAGAUGGACAUGAAGGAGCAGUACACGAUGGCGUUGGUGCUGUACCAGGAAGGCGUGCAGAUACUCAUCGACAUGGUGAAAGAGACGAGGGAAACCUCCAAGGCCGACUAUCUUACAACCAAGACGAAGGAGUAUCUUGACAGGGCCGAGAAGGUGAAGCAGUUGAUCACUACGAGGAAGUCGGCCGGCAUAUAUAGGGAAUUGUCGAAGAUCGAGAGCGGAUCGACGGGACACAGCUACGCGAGCGUCUUCGGUAGAUUCCUGGACGGCACUGUCACGCACAUCGAAAUCGAGGAUCCGUACAUACGAGCCUUUCACCAGUGCCAGAACCUGGUCAGACUGUGCGAACUGGCGAUUCAAAAGUGUUGCGCGUUGUCCAGGAUAUCCCUGCUUACGACUUUUGACUCAGAAGAGUCUCAGCAAAUCUCAAGAUUGGCCGAGCUAAAAGAAAGUUUGGCAUCUCAUAGGAUUUCCUUCGAUUUCUCCUUUUCCGAGACGCUGCACGACAGACAGAUCACAUUGAGCAACGGAUGGGUGAUAAAAAUCGGACGUGGGUUGGAUUAUUUUAAACCGCCGGAGGGUAAAUUCGUUAUUGGCUCGUGCGAUCUGGAGUUAAGACGGUGCUUGGAGACUACCGUGGACAUUUUUCAUAAGAAUCAGCUUCAAGGCGGAACCAAAUAGGACGUUUCAUUAAUAAUAGGAUAAUGGUUAAUACUUUUUAUACAUUUUUUAAAUAAAUGUAUAUGUUUUAUGGCACAUUUUUUUUUAGUACGUGAUGAAAUAAAACAAUCGCAUUUUUACAGUACGUAUCUAUAUCUUUGCGAUAUAUGACGCGUCGAGAGUGACAUAUAAAU